AUGUAUGUGAAAUGGUUUGAUACAGUAAUGUUUUACUAUGUGAUUUUAGUGUAUUUAGUGAAUGUCACUUUUUAAAAUUUCCCACCGGUUACGUCUCGUACAUCCCGACGUCGCAGGGAACGGAACCCAGAAGACAGAUGCCGGCAUUGGCCGGAGGACAUGGCCGGGGAUGCUGCAGGGGGGACAUCGUGGAAGUGCAGGACAAGGUAAGUGAUUGAGGGAUCCCAGAGCAACGCUGCAGGGUAUUGCUGAGUGUAGCUCAGGGUUACCGCUUGUGCUACACUCGGGAAUACCGCCAGGGAGGUUAAG